GAACAGCUGAGCGAGCCAGGAGGAGGCUGCAGAGCUCUCAGCCUGGGAUGGCAUCCUGUCGGGUGUCAGCGCACUCGGAGCACCACACUCUGCCGACCCCCGUCACUGUUCUUCACUGCAUUUCACCUGCUGGUCACACAUGCUGCCGACACUGACGCAGGGAGCUGAGGGUAGAAUGGGCCAAACCCCCUGGUCCCCCUUGUAACUGUGGACAUGGAUCCGACAUCCGCGCAAACAGACAAAGACAAUGGGGUCCAUCAGAAGGCGCCUGGCCGGGCCAGUGUGAAGAGGAUGCCACAGCACCCCCUGGGGGAGCUGCAGUGCCACUGUCCUGCCCCCUUCUCACACUUCUCUUCCUGGAUGAUGGAGGGAGAGCCCUUCACCUCUGCUCUCUCCUCUCUGAUUUACUCUGCCGGAGGACACUUUGUGGCCCUCUCCUCCUCUUCGUCUUCCUCCUUGUCUCCCUCCUCGUCCUCGUCGGAUUCGGCCAUUGCUGCUGCCAUGUCCCUGGAGCAGAAGACAACUUUUGCCCUGGUCAUCUUCCUCUUUGUUUUCCUCCUCAUCCUCAUCGUACGAUGCUUCCGGAUCCUGCUGGACCCCUACCGGAGUAUGCCGACCUCCACCUGGGCUGAUGGCCUGGAUGGUCUGGAGAAGGGCCAGUUCGACUACACCCUGGCCUAGGGUCCUCAGCCAAAUACAUACGUCUCAGCACAUUAGCGUGUAUUUAUGCACACACACGCAAAAGUGCACACAUAAUGUGUCUGUUCCUGCACUGCUCCAUUUCACACUGCCUUUUUGAUGUGCACACACUGUCUGUUUUACUCUUACAUGCACAAACUGAACAAAGUUCAGCGAGAGCAUAAUGUGGGUGUAUUUCACCCACAUUUUACUUUACAUAGAUCAAACGGACUCCACGCCGUAGCGUGGCUGAAUAUGCCUAAGCUUACCCUGCCAGGCUGGUACUUACAAAGAGGGAAACUAUUUUAAUAAAGAACGAGAAGAUCCUCAUUUCGAACUUUAUUCAAGUUAUUUACUGAUUAGACAUCCUGAGGAAAUUUUCAGUACCAGUUGAACUUCAGUCUUCAGCUUUAUAUGCACAGAUUUCCACAUUGCUCCGUUUUAAACUUUCUUCUACUUAUAUAGACUUUGGCUCGAUUAAUGCCACCAUGCUGCAGCAAGCUUGGCUUCAUUUCUGUCCCCACUACAAUGGGAACCCUAAAGUUUUCUUUGCAUUCAGUUUGAACAUCCUUUUCUUUGUUGUAGUGUUAAUUUAUUUAAAAAACAACCCACCCAGUCUCCUCAAAUGUAGUUUUAACACACAACAAAUGUUAUAUUACACUUUACAUUCAUAUUCUACACUAUUUCUAGGUCAACUAUAAAGCCUUGUGAGAGCAGAUCAAGUUGCAGCUAUUGUCCACCAAUUCUAAAUAUGGCUGCGCCUCAAGUCUUACAAACAUCAUUGCUUAUAGACAGCAUUGUGAUAGUGGGAGCACAGCAUCAGAACUAAAAGUAAAAGUGUAAAAAGUGUUACAAGUCAAAUUCUAAGUAGAGGGGGGGCUUGUCAGUGUCAUGUCAUGGCUAGACUGAAGUAGCAUCCCAUUCUGUAGAUGUGAUAUGCCAUCUGUUUUACAGCUUUUUGGAGAGGGAUCACGAUCCCAAGCGCAACUCAGAGCUUUGCAAGAAGUACUUGAAGACAAAUAAGUCCACGGAAUCCUGACAGUCACAGACUUUCUUCCACGGCCACCUGACCUCAACCCCACUGAACAUGUAUGGAGGCACUUGAAGAGAAACGCUCUUGUGGAGGAAAAUGCAGAGAAAUACUGAAAUAUUCUGAAAUCCAUAGACAAUUCAGAGCCACAGCUUUUCACUUAGACUCUUAGUGUCAUUUCUAAUGCAACAUUUUAUAUGAAAUUCAGUACAAUCAUUCACAUUCACUUGUUCUUUCAGACUAUCUACACCACUGUACCUGGUCAAAGAGGAGAGUUCUGAAUAGUUAUUUAUUUCCAGCUUGUAUUUGUCAGUUUUUUGAUACGAUACUGACAAAUAUCUGUUGGUAGGAAGAAAGAAUUGAUGCCCAGCCCUACUGCACUUAUUACGACGGGUACAGUGACACUUUAGUCAAGCACUUGGUGGCUGGUUUGACCAACCUUAGUGUUAAAUUGUACGUGCGUCUAUUUUUCAAUGUCCCCUGGAACAUGUGAACUACUACCAGAACAUUUACAUUAACUGAGAUGUGAUGUUUAUCUCAUAUAGUCCACCGAAAAAAACAAGCCUGAGUUUUCACAGUGGAGUCCCUGUGCACUUCUGCGGAGAUCUCAGCCGCUGUGAAUUGUUUACAGUGUCGGCGCUUGUAGUUUUUUUUGAGACAAGAGACAGAGAGUACAUACUUGACUUUGGGGUGGCUCAUUCAUACAGGGUAGCUGUUUUCUUCAAACGCCUCAUUGUCUCAGCCUAGUACUGUCUCUCUGCUCCGUUUAAGAACCUACUUUGUUGUGGUAAGCUGCCAAAUAGUCAAGCUUCAAGGGUCAUCUAACACUAUAACCACUUUAUUUGAGUGAGAAAUCAGACGUCCUCACUAGGGUUAUAGUUCGGGUUCUGUUCAAACAGAACUGGUGUGUUAAGUCAUGCUGUCUGAACACAUCAUAAAUGGCUGCUGUGAGAGCUGGAGUGAUAGGGAGGCUGUCAUAUAGAGCAGGGAGGUAAAAUGUUGUUUAAAUAUAGGUUGAACAGUACACAUUUUCAGACAGUCUCUUGUUGAGGAUAUUUAUAGUGGUAGCCAGUGUGUGACAGAAAUAGGUAAACCAAGAAUGAUGAACGAGCUGAGAGAGACGCAUAUUCUCUGCGCUCGCAGACGGCCAGUUACACUGUGGCUGUGAAUGUGGGUGUAUAUGUUCAGCUGUUGACAGCCAAGCUAAACCAUGGUGUUACCAUGGCUGCUCUUAUUCGUGAAAUGCAAAAACUCAACAGCACUCCUUGACGAUGCUACUUUCCGUUCAUUUUUCCUGUGAGGGGUUUAAAAUGUUUGGAAUUAUUAUUCAAUAGAAGAGAAAACAGGGUUUUAUGCUAACAGGGUAGCGGAACCAAGAUUCAAGUUGAAGGCUCAUUUUGCCAUGCACAAGCAUUUUAAUCAUCAUUACUUUUUAGAUUAUUGGUUUAAAAAUGACUUAAACUAAGCUGUGCAGUUAUUAGAUUUUGUACCUUUUGGAUACAUUUCCCAAAUAGAGUCAGAUGUAAUCUGUUCAAGGGUGAAAUUCUCAUACACUGUUGCUCAUAAUGCUGGAUUAAAACAUUUUUUUACCUCUUCUCUUGAAAUGAUUGUGACAAUGCGAUUUAUAUACAUAGGAUUGAAACGCAAAAUGUGUCAGAAAACUAAAUUAUUCCAGCUUUAUGGGUAACAGUGUGCAUGUAGGUGACUGUGUUAGACUCCAUGAUAUACUUUAAACAACAUGCAGCUGCAUCGUUGACAUACUAGCCUGUGUACUGAAGAUCGUCCUCUCGGGGGAAGAUAAGAUCAUCAUUGGCAGGUGACAUUCAAGAAGGUUAUUCUGUUAUUUAUGUUAAGUUUUCUACAGAAAAACCUCCAUCAGUAACAGGCUCUAUGUGCUUAACUGAAAAACUCGCUUACCUUCCUUCACAUUCAAACAGGCGGACCUUACUAUAUGCAGGCUUUUAACCUAUAAUAAACGCACACAGCAUUCAUUUAUAGGGAUGCACACAACCCACGCAUGGAACUGAUACCUUUGCACACGUGAAGUUAACACUAAGUUUAUCACAAGCCAGAAAAUGUGAAUUCAUAACUAGACUUUAAUUGUCCUGCUACCUAGAGCAGAAAAUCACAGCUUUAAUUAAGAAGAGUAAUGUUCUAUCGUUUUAAUAAGCUACCCAUUAUGAGUCCAUCCGCCAAAGAAACUACAUCUGUUAACUUUUAUUCACCUUGCUUGCCACGCUGUUUGUCUCAGCCACUUUGGGCCCAAUCAGUUUUCUAAUUUACGUUCACUCCUGUCUUUUAAACCAGAGUGACAUGUGGGAUGCAUUUGUUCGUAGGCUUUCUGGCUGUAGUUCGGGAACAAGUUCGUCCUUUGCUCUUCUAAAACAUACAACCAACGAAUGUACAAUGAACACAUGAAUGUACAUAGCAUGUCCAGUGUACUGGGUCCCGCUCCGUCUGACAGCCGUCAGAGAUAACUUACCUGUGGGUUUUAAUCAAGUCAACGCUCAUCAGUGAGUAGAGAAACACUUGUCUCUGAGUUUCUCACGGUUAAUGACACUGGUUUGACACUAGACCAAUCAUGAGUCUGAAUGGUUACAUUUUGAAGACUGUUUGAAUUUACUGUUUAAAUGUAAUGCACAAAUAUUUCAAAGUCGCACAACAAUAGCUUUCUGCCAGGGCACUGGGCACCAUGAUGCAAAGCCCCUCUAAUUUUUCAGUGUUGUCACCCUGCAUUCAUGUCAAAUGCUGAGAUUACUACUUUUGUGACAAUGUUGAUAAUAACUGUUGAUGAUGUUGGGCCUUUAUUUUUACCAAGUAUGAAACAUGUACUGAAAAAGUUGUUGCACUGACAUUACUGACAUCCUCCACAUCAGUUUGCAAACCAGUUUCACAGCGAAAAAGCUCUAAAAGAUGGAGAAUUUCUAUUCAAGCUUUGCGUUUGACAAGAAUCACGUUAAGAUCAGCUAUACCUCUCAUAGCGGUUUUCAGCAGUGGCCUCUGUAAGCAGCUGCAGCAGCCGUGCGGCUUUGUGGACUCAACCUCUGCCAUGUUUUUACUAUUGCUCCCAUGUAGCCCUCUGCACUGUACGACAAUGUUAUUAGUAGAUGAAUCUUUGUUCCAACAGCUGAAAACAGGAGAACACCCAUCUGAUCUGCAUUCCGGCCGAGCAAACAUUUGUUUGUAUGCGUAUUGUUACAAAUCCAUAAACUGUCCUCAGUAGAGGACUGACAGCAUCUGUCUUUUAGCAAGUGAAUAGUGUUUACAUUCAAGUUACAGCACUGUCUAAUGUUUAUAGCAAUUAUACAGAACAUGAAGAUGAAUAGGAGAUGUGAGAAAACUAAAAUAAGCAGUCAGUUGUUAUGACAUUUGUUUCGUACUGUAACCGUGAUGCUGCUGCAUUGAGCAUUUAAAGGAAAAUGUCCUGAUUUCCACGAGGUGAUUAAGUAGCUUCUGAGUAUUUUUCAGCAUCAAAACAAUAAUAGCUUCUAAUGCUGGCGCUAUUUGAGAGAGUCGCCUAUCGUAUAGUGUGAAGUCAGACAUGCAACAUGAACUACCUCUGUUAUCUUGUUGACUGUAUGCCUGCAUCAGCGCUUUUCUUAAACUCAGCUACUAGUUUAGAAAACCGCCACCACAAACAUAUAUCCCUCUUGCAUUAGAUAUGAGCUAAAGACUGCAUCCACAUGAAUAAUUCUAAGUGCUUACUCGGUGCUCAGAGUCCAUUUGACAUGAAUGCAGCCGAGCACAUUUGAGCUGUUGUAUUAACGUCCACAACAUGUAGGAGCAUUGCUUCAUGCAAUACAAAGACUAAUAAUGCACAAUUAUAAUCACACUGCUAAUAUUAAAGAAUCAUGUUUUCUAAUAGAAGCAAAAUAUACUGAGGUUGAAUUCAGUUCACUCUUAUUUAUGGAUCCACUGUAGCAUGGAACUAAGGUAGCUUUUUGGUUUAUUUAGCUUAUAUUAUAUUAUAUUUCACACUGACUGUGAAUUUAAACUAAAUUUCAGUUUUGCAGUACUGUUGUUGUGUCAUACUGCUGGUGAGCCUCUGCUGCUGUAACCUCCGUUAACUGUUUGUAACAAUGACCAAGGCACUGUUGGAGAAAAAAAGAAAAUGCUCCAGUGCUGAUGUAGAGUUGUAAUGUUCUCAUCAGUGACCCAGCCUGUGUACAUACGCAGGGCCAUAGCUCUAGUGCUGAGUGUGCUACUGUACACUGUGGUGUCUGUGUCUGCUUGGAAAGCAGUACAUUUAUUAAAGAAAAUAAAUAAAUGGAAUAUAUGAUUGAAUAUGUGUAAAAGAUUAACUCUGAAUAAAUUAUUUCCAAAUCAG